AUGAAAUCGAUGCUUCAUGACUGCGAACUGUUUUAUCGAAUACACAACGAUUUCCUGAAAGGCUCCUAUAAAAUCAAGGAAACUGAGCUGCUUAAAAUCACAUCAAGUAGUCGGGAGGUGCACUUCAUCCGCUCGCCGUUGUUGCUUUUUCCGAAAUGGAGAAGACUGGUGGCGCUUGCACGUAAAGCAUCCGAAAAUGCUGUUAGGUGA